AUGGCGUCCAGUGAAGUUCACGUCGCAGACACGGGGGUGGAGGCGGCGGACCGCGCGUCCACCGCACAUCCCAUCACCACCGCCAAUCCAGAUGGCACGCUGCCCGCCUACACGCCAUCGCGCUUCGACCCAAAGGAGUUCAUGACGCAGCUCGGCCAGGACGUCCAGGACACUAUUCGCAGUCGGUUCUACAACCUGCAGGGCACCCUUCACUCGCAGAUCCGCAACCUGCGGAACAACAUGGUGAACCUGGGCCUCGCGCAGCACACGAAUGCCGAGGAACUGCGGCACCGCAGCGUGUACCACUACGACCACGGCGAGGCGAACAUUCGCAGUGUGCGGAAGCUGUUCGACGUCAUUGAGCAGCACCACUCGUGGGUGUCCAUUCUGCUGCUGAUGACCGACGUGGGGUUGGAGGCGGCCGCAGUCGGCAUCUACCUCGGCGUCCAACGCGCGCACGUCCCGCGUAACUGGCUGGCGUUCGACUGGGGGACGGGUUGCUUCAUCUCAGAGGUGGUGCUGUGCGUGCUUUUCAUGUCUUCCUGGCUCGCCUUGCUGGCGGUGGAGCCGAAGAAGUGGGCCUACGUGUUCAACGUGAAGUCGCUCAUGAGUUACCUCAGCUCCGGUUGGAUGCUCCUGCUCGGGGUUGGCGCGCUGUGCUCGCAAAACGCGGCCUGGACGCGCGUCUACGCACCGAUGUUUCUGCGCAUCUGGUGGCUGCACGAGGGUCUUCUGACGCUCCUCAGCUACCCGCAAAUUAGCCUCUGCUUCGCCGAGAACCGGCUGGAGAUGCUGCGCUCGAUGAUUCAAUGCAUUGCCGUCAUCGGCAUCAGUGUUGGCAUCUUGCAAGCCGUCGAGAGCUUUUGCGGUGACCCGGUGGAGUACUUCGACAUGGCGUACAUGAUGCUCUUGGCCUUCUCCACCAUCGGCUACGGCGACGUCGUGCCCAUCACGGUGGAAGGGCGGUUGCUGAUGAUCGUCUUCAUCGGUGUCGGCCUCAGCUAUUUUGUGCCCAUUCUCGAAUACGUGGCGGACCUCGGCGUGCGACACCUCUUCUACGCGCACUACACAACGUGGUUCAAGCGCAGCAACCACAUCGUCAUCUGCGGUCACCUCGGCUACAACGAGCUGCGCAUGCAGCUGAAAAAUAUUCUGGCGGAGGAUCGGCAUUACCUGAACAUGAACGUUGUGAUUCUGCUGCGCGAUCAGCCCUCGGCGCAGGUGGAGCUUCUGCUGAACUCACCGAAGUACCGCAGCUCCGUCCACCUGCUCGUCGGCGACCCGGCGAACCCGGCAGAUCUCGAUCGGUGCAACGCCCGCGGCGCUUCCGCGUUGUUCCUCUACGGCGCCGGCACCAACUCCUCGUACUACAGCGACUACGAUUUGGCGAAGCAGGCCUUGACGGCCCACCUGCACGUGCCGCGCGUCCCCCUGUACGUCCUCCUGCACCGCUCGCGCUACACGAAAUCGUUGAUGCCGUGCUCCGCAAACGUGCUGGAGUUUGAGCGGAUGAGCCACAACCUGCUCGGCCUUGGCUGCGUCCUGCCGGGCAUGAUUCCCCUCCUCGCAAACCUGAUCCGCAUGUUCGACCCCAUGACGACGGAGUCCCUGUGGGAGCUGCGGGACUUCAAGGACCUCUUCGGCCUCAGCGGUCGUGCAGCGAGUCUGAAGGCGCUGCGAAAGGUUUGGGCGAAGAAGCGCGACAUGCUGACCUACGGCGCCACCUCCAUCGAACUGGGCGACGGCGCGGAGCCGGAUUGGAUGAGCACCUACGAAGCCUCCUUGGCGCAGCACGUGGAUGCGGUGGAAGCACCGGAGGUGGUGCGGCAGGGCCACUACACCUUCGUCAGCCUCGCGCGGCUGCUGUACCGGACGGACAUCACCUUAAUCGGGGUGGAGCGGCCGGUCGUCGACGCGCGGCGUGCGAGCGGCGACACCGUCGUCGAGCUUGGCACCCGCAGCUCGUUGGUAGGGGUGCGGAAACUCAUCGUGAUCUGCGACGCGCGGCGCAAGGCGCAGGACAUCGUGAACGAGAUUGUGCGCGACUCCCGCACGAGUCCGUCCACGAUGACCGGCACGCCGAGCCGGAAGGACCACGGCCGUCGCAAGACGAGGCGGAGCGCGUCAUCCUCGCCGCCGCCGCCGGCGGGUGUGCAGGCCACGAACGUGACGGUGCUGAACGUUCCUAAUACGGAGAACGCAGGCGACGUGGCGGCGAACGCAUCGAUGCACCCCGACGUGCAGGACGGCGGUGCGGCUCCGGUGACGGCUUCCGCGGUGUGCAAGCAACCAUCCCCCGCCUCGCCACUGUCACCGCCACCGCACUCCUCCACCGUAGCAGCUCUGGCAGCAGCAGCUGCAGCAGCAGCAGUCGGAGCGCCCACCGCGGCACCACCCGUCGUGACAACGACCAAGACGUGCACGCCCACCGCCAAAAGCGCUUCCUCGCCGCUCUCCACCGCCGCCGUUGUCAUGCGGCCACGGAAGGAUUCGGCGGGCGAGAGCGGGACGUCGUCGCUGCUGCCCGGCGUCCACGUAGACGCGGUGGCGGCUGUCCACGCUGGCGAGGGCGUGUCCUUUCUCUCCCUCCACAGCCUCGCCACCCCGACCAACAACAAUAGCAAGCAUUACACUUCGAAUCAUCCUCACAACAGCAGCAGCAGCUCGCCGCAGGAGAAUGCGCGCCACCCCUCGCCGCCGCCGUCCACAAGGAGCAUUUCGACGCCGGUGGUCGCCUCGCCGAGCGACUCGCUUCGCAUCCCGCACGCGAGCAGCAAGCGCGACCUCGAGGUACCGCUCUCGAAUCCCGCCGCGAAUCUCGCGCUGGCCACCGCUGCGGAGGAAGAUGACGAGGUGGCCGUAGAAGCGAUCGCCUCACCCGUCGUGGUGCAGCGCGUAGCAACGAGCGGCCUGUCCACGCUGUCGAGCGUCGCCUCUCCCACGUUAUCGGCGCACGCGUUGGAUUCGGUGUCUGCGCGGGGACAACUGCUGCCACCUCGCACCACCACCUCCGCCUCCUCCUCACCGCAUCUCCCACAACAACAGCAGCAGCAACAGCAGCAGCACGGCAUUCCGUCGCUGCAGGAACGGCAGCCAACAACGGGCGCUGUCGGGUCAGAGAAUCGGGCGCCGUGCGUGCUGGACGAUGGCUACUCCGGCUACGUGGCCAGCCCCAGCGGAAUCAUCCCCGGCGCGAACACGAUCCUUCGCUUUGAGCCGAAUGUGCUGCACCUGCGCCACCACUACGUCUUCAUCGAUCUCUCCGCGGCGCACGAGCGAACUAACUGGUCGCGCGAGGCCGCCGUGGAGUCUCGCACGGCAAAGGCCGCCGACCUCUACGACGCCAUGCGACCUGUGCGUCAGCAUGACCCGGAGAGCGACAUCGUGCUUCUGUCGAACGACACGAACUACGACAGCCUGAACAACCUGUGGGAGGAGGAAGACGUGACGGGCUCGCUGGUCGUCGUGCAGGGCUGCGGUCUCUUCACAUCCGAUCUGCGCCGCUGCAACGUGUCCCAGGCAGCAGCCGUGGUGAUCUUCUCCGCGGGUGACCGCUGCGACGAGCACGGCGACUCGCUGUCGGUGCUCGUCAUGCACCUCGUUCGUCACGUGAUGGACGAGGAGAAGAGUGGCGGCGGCGCUGAUAUUCCCGUCGUCGUCGAAGUGGACCACGCCGAGCUCGUGCCCUUCAUCACCACCUCGUACAUGACCACCGGCGCGCACGCGCAGACGUCGUCGGACUGGGUGUCGGAGCCGAGCUUCAUGUCCGGCUGCGUCGUGUGCCGCCACAUGCUCGACACAGGACUGCAGGAGAUGUACUUCACCCCACUCUUGCACGAGGUGCUGGAGCAGAUCCUGUCGUCCAAGUCCGAAUCGCUGCUGGUGACGGUGAUGGCGCCAGACGAGGCGUGGGAGGCGUACGAGGACGCGACGAACUUUGGGCUGGCGAACGAUUUGCUGCCCAUGGCCAUCCACCGCCUCCACGAGAUGCUCGGCGAGGAGAGCAGCGUGUCGUUCCGCUACAUCAUCACCAACCCCCCGCCGACGUUCCCGCUGCGCCGCGAUGACUUCAUCUACUGUUUAAAGCUGUAG